AUGGCAACAUACGUGGGAAGCAGCUCUAUCCAUGUUGGACCACAUUCCCAACUUUGGGUGGUAUCGGUAAGGGAAAAACAGCAGGUACCAUACCGUUUUGAUAAUACGGUACACCAGCGUGCGGAAAUACGCAGACGAUACCGAACAGAACGACCGAACGGCGCCGUACUCAAAUCAACCCCUGCCAACCCACGUUUUGUUCGGGUCAAUCGGGGCAUCCCUGCAAUCCGCACCCAGCACUGGCGACGGCCAAUCGAACGGGCGCCUUCCUGCUGCCGUCCCACCCCGGCCUGCACCUCCGCUAACCGGGCUCGGCGGCUGUCCUUCGCUGUCGUCGUCCAUCGUACUCUGCUACUGCGUACUGCGCACUGUGUAGACCAUAGGGCAGCGUGGAAUCUGGAGUCCGGAGUCCUGAGUCCUGGAGUGGCAGCACAAGGUCCAUCGGACCAGUCACAUGGCGCAUAUGCAAGCGUUUUUGCUCCCUAG